CGGUACUUUGAAGCGGUCCGUCGUUCCCGAAAAAAGCGUCAAAGUCGUCAUCGUCGUCGUCGUCGUUGGCGUCGUUCGUUACGUGCAUCGUCGGUGUUUCGUUGCAAGCAAAGUGUGGCAUAGAUUUGCAUGUGAAUGAGAAAACCAUAGAUUGACCCCAGAGCUCCAUUUAAGCUCCAUUUAAGGCCCAGUUUCUGAUUGAUGGUUAAGCGGCAGCUUCGUUGUCCACCUCCUCCACGUCGUCGUUGUCGGUGCCAUCGUGUUGCGCCUCCGCGUUCGUCGCGUCGCUCCGUUUGUUCUUCGUGAAGAAAAACAAAAAGCCAAUUUUUUGCGGCAGUACCGUGUUCUGUCCCUGCUCCUUGCUGUACCAAGUGGCGGUAUGGCUGUGGCUGCCACAGGCCGCCGCGUGUGACCGAGUGUCAGUGUUUAAAAAAAAAAAAAAAAAAGGGAGCCGCAAUUGAAUUGAGUCGCUACAGUCCCCCUUGGGGCAUGCCACAGUGCCCAGGAUCAACCAGGAUGCUCAGCGGAUUACAGAAAAGGAUUAAAUAACAAAUGGCGUAUGUCAGCGAAUGGUGGAAAAAAUCGAAUCCGUAUUGAAAAGCCGAGCAAAUCCGUGCAGAAAAGAUGAGUAAAACAAGAGAAAAUAACAACACGAACACAGAACAGCGGACAGCGGAUCCUCCAUUGGGAAACAACUUAUGAGAAACUCUGGAAAAACACUGGAAAAACCCUCCCCCCAGAAAAACUGAAUGAAAAACCAAACGAAAAGAAAGAAAAGCGAAAGUACAGAUAAAAGAAAACAGUUGAAAGGGAAUAAAAUAAAGGAGUACAACAUCAAAGUUUGGAAACUGGAAAAAUACACCUAGAAAAUGGAUAGGGAUAGUUUUUCCUCUGUUCUUACGGGCCAACGGCGAGCGCCGCUGGCCCUCUUCCUGGCCGUGGCCACUGCCGCUCUGAUGCUCUUCCAGGAUGCGGUCGAGGCCGAACAGCAUCCGGCAACCGCCGAUGAAGUGGCGUAUGUCAGCGAAUGGUGGAAAAAAUCGAAUCCGUAUUGAAAAGCCGAGCAAAUCCGUGGAGAAAAGAUGAGUAAAACAAGAGAAAAUAACAACACGAACACAGAACAGCGGACAGCGGAUCCUCCAUUGGGAAACAACUUAUGAGAAACACUGGAAAAACACUGGAAAAACCCUCCCCCCAGAAAAACUGAAUGAAAAACCAAACGAAAAGAAAGAAAAGCGAAAGUACAGAUAAAAGAAAACAGUUGAAAGGGAAUAAAAUAAAGGAGUACAACAUCAAAGUUUGGAAACUGGAAAAAUACACCUAGGAAAUGGAUAGGGAUAGUUUUUCCUCUGUUCUUACGGGCCAACGGCGAGCGCCGCUGGCCCUCUUCCUGGCCGUGGCCACUGCCGCUCUGAUGCUCUUCCAGGAUGCGGUCGAGGCCGAACAGCAUCCGGCAACCGCCGAUGAAGGACCCCUAUCGGAAGCACUCACUGCCGUGGGCUCGGAGGUGGCGCUACCCUGCGAUCUGCUGCCGGGGACAAUGAUUGCAGACAAGGUCCAAUUGGUCAUCUGGUAUCGUCAGGGCAAUGUGAAGCCCAUCUAUACCUUUGAUGCCCGCGGACGACCCCUGCAUCAGGCCAUACCCUGGGCGGAUGACACGGUGUUCAACAAGAAGGCCCACUUCCAUUACGACACAAAUCCGCCCGCACUGCGCAUCAAGAAUAUCCAGACUGUGGACGCGGGUCUCUACAAGUGCCGCGUGGACUUCAACAAGUCACCAACACGGAAUUGGCGCAUCAAUGUGACAGUUCUAGUGCCACCCACACUGCUAACGAUACUGGAUCAUCACGGGGCCGAGAUACGCGACCAGACAGCGGGGCCCUACCUCGAGGGCGAUAGCAUCGACCUGACGUGUCUGUCGAGCGGUGGAGUGCCACCGCCGAGGGUCUCGUGGUGGCGCGAACAUGCCCUCAUCGACGACUCCUUUCAGGUGCUGCCCGACGGCUCGGUGCGCAAUGUCCUGCGCCUGAAGAACAUCCAGCGGAAGGAUCUAUUGACGAUGUACACCUGCCAGGCCACCAAUGGGCAUGUGGUGCCGGCCCUCUCGAAGAAAGUAAUCCUCGACUUGAAUCUUCCUCCGCUCAAUCUGCUGCUGCAGGGUCUCAAUCAUGCAUUGGUAGCUGGCACUCGCACCCACGUUACCUGCACUGCCAUCGGUGCUCGUCCACCGCCGCACAUCAUUUGGUCGAAGGCUGGACAGAUCCUAAAAGGAGCCACGCAAUCUGUAAGUCAUCAUCAUCAUCAUCGCUCAGAUGAUUCCGAUAAUUAUGUGGAACUCUCCGCUUAUACCUCUGCUGAUGGGAAUACCACAAUUUCCGAGCUAAUGCUGAUACCCGUACCGGAGGACAAUGAACGGCAGGUGGUCUGUUCCAUCUCCCUGAGUGCGGGUAUUACGUCGCAGCAGCUCCAAGAGGGUCACACCACGGUGAUGACCACGCUGGGCAAUGGCAACACGGGUCUCUACCUCAAGGACUCGCGCAUGCUGAACGUGACACAUGCACCCAUUGUCAUCCUGAAUCUGGGAGCUCCUCUGGAUCCGAAUAAUCUGCUUAAGGGAUCGGAUGUCUAUUUGGAGUGCGAUGUGAAGGCCAAUCCGGCGAUAACGCGUGUGGAGUGGUAUCACAGUGACAAGCAACUGCACUCGUCGCGCGGGAUAAUCAUCUCCAACCAGACGCUGGUGCUGCAGGGCAUCUCAAAGUCCUCGCACGGCCAGUACUUCUGUCGGGCCAGCAACCUCCAGGGCAGCGUGUCCAGCAACGAGGUUUACUUGGACGUGAAGUAUCCACCCGUGUGCAAGUCGGACUCCACGAUUAUACGUGCAGCACUCAAGCAGACAAUCAACAUCACCUGCGAGGUGGACGCGAAUCCACUCGAUAAUCUAAAUUACAAGUGGCACUUCAACAACUCGCUGGAGAGUCUCAUCGAGCUGCCGCAGCUCGGACCGGUCCUGCUGUCGCUGCAAUCGCCUUCCGGCUCCGGACCUGGCUCCGGCUCGGCCCUGGGCGGAUAUUAUCAAUGGGGACUGCUGCAUGGCCGGCACGGACGCACGGCCAGCAUUGUGGACAUGUCGGCCGUUCGCUUCGAGGACGAGGACUAUCCGGCGGUGGGGCACGAGAUGGACGGCUAUCAGGACUAUGGCGAGGAGACGCCCUACACGCAAAUGGUCUACUCCAACAUGGUGCACAAGAACCAUGUGGAGAACAAACAGCCCCAGCGGAAACAGCUGCCCCAGCUGCAAGGCCAGUCGUCGAGUGGCCCUGGAGGCAGCAGCGACUCCCACAGCCCUGGCCAUCACGCAUCCAGCUCUGCCUCGUCCUCCUCCAUCCAAAUGAUGGAGCGCAAGCGGCUGGCCGCACUGCACAAGCAGCAGCAUCAUCGCCAGGCCAUGACCAUGCCCACCACAACUACGGCGCCCCCGCUGAACAACGUGUACAGCUACCACGUGGAGAGCUACGAGAGCUUCGGUGCCAUUUCCUGCGUGGCCAGCAGCCCGAUGGGCCACAGCCAGCUCUGCUGGUACCACAUCCAGCCGGCAGACCUACCCGAACCGGUGAAGAACUGCACGGCCUUCAAUGCCACUGCCAAUUCCUUGCAAAUCCAGUGCACACCCGGCUACGAUGGCGGCAUACCGCAGUACUUCCAUGUGCAGAUCUACGACGAACUGAAUCGCCAGAUACUCCACAACGCCUCGUACAAGUAUCCGGAGCUCACGGUGAAGCGUUUGCCGAGCGAUUCCGUGUUUGUCAUUCGAGUGACGGCCGUGAACGCGCAGGGGCCCAGCAAGGUGGCCCACCGAUUGAGGGACCGGACGCUUUCAGCGCCUUUGUUGCGAACAGCCUCAUCGACGGCUGUGCUAGUACAAUUGACGCCGCUUCUGGGCGGCUUAGUUGGCGUCAUCGCCACGUUGAUUAUGGUCGCCAUUUGUGUGGUGAUCUUUAUCAAAUUCCGUAGCAAGCGCGGUCGCCGGCACGGCAAUGGCGGGGAUGGCACCACCACCGAGGCGGACAAGGGCAGCGCCGAGCCGCUAUCCCGUAAUAUGGGUAGCCAUUCCAGCGUGGAGGACAAAAAUCCGGAUGUGGUGCCGCAGGAGGCGACAAGCGAGGAUGAGUUCCACCAGGAGGAGAAGGCCUUCGACCGAUUGAAUAUGGAAUCGCAGCGAAUUUUGUAUACGCCACCGACGCGCAUUAACACCGCCUCGCCGCCGCCACCAUCGCUGUCGCCCACCUUCGGGAAGCAGUACGGUGAACUGUCGCUAACAACGAACCCCGCCUUCAGCCUGUACAACACUCCGCAACGUGCCCCGGCCGCCCAGCGUCCCGUCUACACCGCCCCGCCGACGCUGCUCUCCACCCGCACCCCGCCGAAUAUCUACACCCGUAUUCCCGACCGGGGAGUCGGCGGGGGUGGUGGCAUGCCCGGAGGAGUGGGUGCCACCAGCUAUCAUCAUGAGGCGCGCACCUCUCCCACCUCGCCCUACGGCUUCACGACCACCUGCACCAUGCCCCUGCUCGGCGGCCAGUCCAACGGUUCGCUGCAGACCAACAGCAGCGGUGGCGGCGGCGCUGGCGUGGGCGGGGCGAGUGCCUGCAACACGCUGCCCCAUCCGGGCAGCCUCCACACGAGCGGCAUAUCGGCGGCGCUGACCAGCUCGGUGACCAGCGGCAACAUCACCAUCGGCGCCGCCCAAUCGCUGUUGACGUCGCCCCGCUCCCAGACCGCCUACACCACGCUGGGGGCUGGUGUGGCACCUGCAGUGUGCGUGCAGUCGCCACUGCUGCUGGCCGGCGGGGGGAACUACGAGACGGUGAGCUCCUGAGAGUUACCCAAAGAGGACAUCAAAUGUCAGAUAGUCUGCAUAGGGGGGAGCAGUACGUGCACCACCACAGCGCUGGGCGCCGAGCGCACCACCAUCGUCUAAGAGGAGCAGCAGCAGGAGGAGGAGUGGAGGAGGAAUUGUGGCGAGGAGGUAACUGCAUCUCAAAAAUCUGUAUUAUAGAAAUAAAACUGCCGCUGGCGUGGGUUUCGCUUUAAAUAAAAA